AUGUCGAAGUUAGAGCAGCGCAAACUUGGGAAGACUCCGAGGAAGCCGCAGCGUUCCAGAGCUAGGAACCCGAAAGAAGCGGAACGUGCCUUCAAGAUACAACAAAGAAAGAAGGAGCGUCUUCAGCGGGUGCGUGAGCUGUCAACUAAGCUUCGUGACGAGAUAAACAACGAAGAGAAGCGGGCACGCGAGUCCCGUAAGGCGAACUUGGACCGGAAAGCAGAAAACGAGAAGAAAAACAUGGUGGUUCAGAAGAUCAAAAACGAUAAAGCCAUACGGAAACUGAGUCCAAAGCACCGGAAAAAGGCACGGAUAUACAUGAUGCACGAACUGUAA